CAGGCAGAGAAGAAAAAAUUAUUAGUUGAUUAUCGUCUUCUCGACAGCCUACAGAAGACUUGUUGAGUAUUGCUUUUAUUGUCGAAUAUCUCAAAUCGGGGUGUGCAGCCCCCCCAUCUACCAUUCUCGUUCUUUCUGUUGGCUUCGUUACUUCCCAAAAUGGUUGCCGAUACCAGCUACUACGAUGCCCUGGGGGUACCGCCCACAGCCACGCAAAUCGAGAUCAAGAAGGCUUAUCGAAAGCUCGCUAUCACGACGCAUCCUGAUAAGAACCCCGGCGAUGAGACCGCACAUGCCCGAUUCCAAGCCAUCGGUGAAGCGUAUCAAGUUCUCAGCGAUGACGACCUGCGAAAGCGAUAUGACAAGUUUGGCAAGGAAGAUGCGGUUCCCGGUGGUGGUUUCGAGGACCCGUCCGAGUUCUUCAGCAUGAUUUUCGGCGGUAGCGCCUUCGUUGACCUGAUCGGAGAGAUCUCCCUCAUGAAGGACCUGACCACCACGAUGGAUAUCACCAUGCAGCAGAUGGAGGAGGACGAACUCGCCGCAUCCGCAGAAGAGAAACUCCAUCUUCACGAAGAAGAAGCGAAGACUGGCGCCGCCCCUACCGAGGGUACCACUGCAGAGGGUGCAACCGCGCCAACCGCGGAGGGAACCACGGCCACGGCCACCGCCGCGGCACCGCAGGAACCGGAGAAGACUCCCCCUCGACGAUACUUGGGUCAGCAGGCGAUCAUGGACAAGUCAGAGGAAGAGGCACGCAUGGAGGCAGCUGGUCUAUCUCCGGAAGAAAAGGAGCUUCGUAAAAAGGAGAAGAAGAAGGGUGGAUUGACCAAGGAACAGCAGGACCGUCUGGCUGCAUACGAACUCGAGCGGAAGAAGGCGCGUGAAGAGCGGGUCAACACUCUGGCAGCGAAGUUGGUAGACAAGAUCAGCGUGUGGACGGAGACCGAUAAGAGCCCGGACGUGACGCAUGCAUUUGAGGAGAAGAUCCGCCUUGAGGUCGAGAACUUGAAGAUGGAGUCGUUCGGUCUCGAGAUUCUGCAUGCUAUCGGUGCGACGUAUGUCCAGAAAUCGACUUCCUUCCUCAAGUCUCAGAAGUUCCUGGGCAUUUCCGGCUUCUUCUCUCGUCUGAAGGACAAGGGAACGUUGGCCAAGGAAACCUGGACCACCAUCUCGACUGCGAUCGAUGCGCAGAUGACCAUGGAAGAGAUGGCCAAGAUGGAAGAGCGCGGUGGCGAGGAAUGGACGGACGAGAAGAAGGCCGAGUAUGAGAAGAAGGUCACCGGUAAGAUCUUGGCCGCUGCAUGGCGCGGAAGCAAGUUCGAGAUCCAGAGCGUGCUGCGCGACGUGUGCGAUCAAGUCCUGAGCGACAAGAGGAUCAAGCUGGAGAAGCGUGUCGAGCGUGCGCAUGCCUUGGUCCUUGCUGGUAACAUCUAUGCGAAGGCCGAACGUGAUCCUGAAGAGGAGGGUGAUUACAUGGCCUUCGAACAGCUCAUGACCGAAGCCAUGCAAAAGAAGGGCAAAGAAGAAAAGAAGAAGAAUAAACACAAGUCGAAGCACGAGGAUGAGGACGAACUCCAUGCUGAAUAGAUGAUACCUUGACGAUUCUUUCCUCCAGCAGCUCUAUCAAUUAUACGAUCACGGUACUUUUGCGGUUCGUUCGUUGUCUGUCUUUUUUGUUAUCAUUUUUGGUUUUUAGUUUAUAUUCCCAACGGUGGACGGCUGGUUUUGAAAUCGGUCCCCUCAUGUCACUUAUAUAAAGUCUAUGGCUGCAUUCCAUCGGUUAUAGAAAAGGUCGAAUUGUAAUCGAUAUAUAUAACUAUAUAUUGUCCGAGACACAAAGACACUACAGCAUUGACCAGUG